CAUGGUGGAAGGGAAAGGCUGAUGCUCCAGGAAUGCAGCCUUUUUCAGCCAGCCAGUUAUCUUUCACUGAGUCAGUUGCAGGAAAUGAGGUUUCAUUCCGCUCACUGGUCCACCACUUGAGGGGAACGAUGGCCUCAGAGUCCACAACCACUGCUGCCAUCGCCGCGGAACUGGUUUCCGCCGACAAAAUUGAAGAUGCUCCAGCUCCUUCUACCUCUGCAGAUAAAGUGGAGAGCCUGGAUGUGGAUAGUGAAGCUAAAAAACUAUUGGGAUUAGGACAGAAACAUCUGGUGAUGGGAGAUAUUCCAGCAGCUGUCAAUGCCUUCCAAGAAGCAGCUAGUCUUUUAGGUAAGAAGUAUGGAGAAACUGCUAACGAGUGUGGAGAAGCCUUCUUUUUCUAUGGAAAAUCACUAUUGGAAUUAGCAAGAAUGGAGAACGGUGUGUUGGGAAAUGCCUUGGAAGGUGUGCAUGUGGAGGAGGAAGAAGGAGAAAAAACAGAAGAUGAAUCUCUGGUAGAAAAUAAUGAUAACAUAGAUGAGGAAGCAAGGGAAGAGUUGAGAGAACAGGUUUAUGACGCCAUGGGAGAAAAAGAAGCCAAAAAAACAGAAAGCAAGUCUUUGGCAAAGCCUGAAACUGGUAAACAACAGGAGAAUGAAAUGGAAAAGGGUGAAAGAGAAGAUAUGGAUAUAAGUGAGCCAGCAGAGAAGUUACAGGAAAAAGUUGAAUCGACUCCAAAUCAGUUAACUGAAACUUCUGAAGAGGCAAAAGAAGCAGCAGCACCUGAAGGACUGAAGGAACCUGAGGUCACUUCUGAGAAGCCAGAACAGGAAGCAUCAGGUGCUGAGGAAGGAAAAUCAGUUUCUGGAACUGAAGUCCAGAAAGAAGAGUGCAGAGAAAAAGGAGAUCAGGAGAAGCAGGGAGAGGUAAUUGUGAGCAUAGAGGAGAAGCCAAAAGAAGCUUCAGAAGAGCGUCCUAUAGUGACUCUAGAAAAGCAGGGCACUGCAGUGGAGGUAGAAGCAGGGUCUGUAGAGCCAAUGGUCAAGCCAGUGGAUGUGGGUGGGAAUGAAGGAAAGGAGCAGGUAGCUACCUCUGAAAAUGAGCCAGGAAAGGCUGUCCAUGAGCAACUGGUAGAGCAAGAAGUACCUUCUGCUGAAGAGUCAGACUUGGUGACAACAGAGGCUGCAGAGGUCUCAGCUGCAGGGGCUGGAUCAGAGGUCUCUGAGAAACCAGGGCAGGAGCCCACAGUUCUCUCUAAAGAUGGUGCAUUCAGUGAACUGGCAGCUGCAGGAGAUAAGACUCCUGUCGAACCACAGACUUCUGCAGAAAGAUUGACAGAAACAAAAGAUGGCUCAGAUCUAGAGGAGAAGGUCAGGACAGAGCUAGUUCCUAGCCAGGAGGAGACUAAGCUGCCUGUAGAAGAGUCUGAGGCAGCUGGAGAUGGGGUUGAGACCAAGGUAGCCCAGAGGGCUACAGAGAAAACACCUGAAGACAAAGUUAAGAUAGCUGCUAAUGAAGAGACAGAAGAGAGAGAAGAACAGAUGAAAGAGGGUGAAGAAACUGAAGGCUCAGAAGAGGAUGAUAAAGAAAACGACAAGGCAGAAGAAACACCAAACGAAUCAAUUCUUGAAAAUAAGUCUCUUCAGGAAAAUGAAGAAGAGGAGAUUGGAAACCUAGAGCUUGCUUGGGAUAUGCUGGACUUAGCAAAGAUCAUUUUUAAAAGGCAAGAAACAAAAGAAGCCCAGCUUUAUGCUGCACAGGCACAUCUUAAACUUGGAGAAGUUAGUGUUGAAUCUGAGAACUAUAUCCAAGCUGUGGAGGAGUUCCAGGCUUGCCUAAACCUGCAAGAGCAGUAUCUAGAAGCCCAUGAUCGUCUUCUUGCAGAAACUCACUACCAGCUGGGUUUGGCCUAUGGAUAUAACUCUCAGUAUGAUGAGGCAAUGGCACAGUUCAACAAAUCUAUUGAAGUCAUUGAGAAGAGAAUGGCUGUACUAAAUGAACAGAUGAAGGAGGCUGAGGGAUCAUCUACUGAAUAUGAGAAAGAAAUUGAGGAGUUGAAGGAAUUACUACCUGAAAUUAGAGAGAAGAUAGAAGAUGCAAAAGAGUCCCAGCAUAGUGGGAAUGUAGCUGAAUUGGCUCUGAAAGCUACUCUGGUGGAGAGCUCUACUUCAGGUUUCACUGCUAGUGGAGGUUCUUCAGUUUCCAUGAUUGCCAGUAGAAAACCCACAGAUGGUGCUUCCUCAUCAAAUUGUGUGACUGAUAUUUCUCACCUUGUCAGAAAGAAGAGGAAACCAGAGGAAGAGAGCCCCCGGAAAGAUGAUGCAAAGAAAGCCAAACAGGAGCCAGAGGUGAAUGGAGGCAGUGGGGAUGCUGUCCCCAGUGGAAGUGAAGUUUCUGAAAACAUGGAGGAAGAGGAAGAGGCCGAGAAUCAGGCAGAAAGCCGGGCAGCAGUGGAGGGGACAGUGGAGGCUGGAGCUACAGUUGAAAGCACUGCAUGUUGAGAGAGGGAAGAACCUUCCUCCCAAGAGAAAGUGUUUUUGUAUAUAAUGUAUUUUUUCACUUUUGGGGAUUCUUUUUGUAUAACUUCAAUAAAGAUUGUAAGUAAAGGUU